CCAUGUCGCCCGUGUCCCGAUCCCGUCCUAAUGAGGACACUCUGGGCUCUGAGAAACGACGGCGUGCCUCGGACAGCCCACCGUCGGUGUUACAGACUCGACGAUCCCCUUGGGGAGGCGGUUUCGGUCUUCAGCUCAGCGGAUCCGAGGGGCUCGGCCCUCCGCGGGGUCCAGAGAGGCCCGGCCCCAGGUCUGGGGAGCUGCCGCCACCGCCAGGGAUCCGCACAUUUGCCGCCUCUUGGUCCUCCUCUUCCGUCUCUGGCGGCUACCGCUACCACUAUUAUGCGGGAGAGCGUUUGUGGGCCGAGGACCAGGAGAAGGAAAAGGAGGAGAGCUAUCGGCAAAGGAGGCUGAAGGAAAGAGAGAGGAUAGGAGAGCUGGGCGCGCCCGAGGUGUGGGGACUGUCACCCAAGUUUCCUGAGCCAGAUUCGGAUGAACACACACCAGCUGAAGAGGAGGUGAAGAACCCGAAGAACAGCAGUUCAGACGUCGCCAGUGAAGAAAACAGCACGAAGACCGGUCAUUCAACAAAGAGAAAAAGGAAGAAAAAGCCCUCCAAACGGAAACGUAGAAAGUAUUGUGACAGUGACAGCAAUUCAGACUCUGACGUUCAGUCUUGCUCCGGGGGCGAUAAAAGGAAAGUUAAAGCCAGGAAGAAAGACAAGAAAAAGAAACACCGGGCAAAACAACUCAAGAAGAGGAGGAGGACUAGAAAAGAAUCCAGCGAGAUACGCUGCGAAGCUUUAGAAAGGGAAUUGCCAGAAGAGGCGUGGAUGGAACAGUCAGUGAGUGCAGAUGCCCCGGAUUUAAUAGGCCCCAAAGCACCGGUAAUACACACCUCUCAGGAUGAGAGACCUUUGAAUUAUGGCCACGCUCUGCUUCCAGGUGAAGGCGCAGCCAUGGCUGAAUAUGUAAAAGCUGGAAAGCGUAUCCCACGAAGGGGUGAAAUUGGGUUGACGAGUGAAGAGAUCGCCUCCUUUGAGGGUUCAGGUUACGUCAUGAGUGGUAGCCGACAUCGCCGGAUGGAGGCUGUAAGGCUGCGGAAAGAGAACCAGAUUUACAGUGCUGAUGAGAAAAGAGCCCUUGCAUCCUUUAACCAGGAAGAGAGGCGGAAGAGAGAGAAUAAGAUCCUAGCCAGUUUUCGAGAAAUGGUAUACAGAAAGACGAAAGGGAAGGAUGACAAGUGA